AUGACAGAGGGUAAUCAAUCCCUGACAACUGAGUUUAUCCUCACAGGAUUUAAAGAGCUGAGGACCAUUCUGUUUCUCGUGUUCUUUACCAUCUAUCUGAUCACCAUGGUGGGAAACCUUGGAUUGGUGGCAGUGAUAUUUACAGAGCCUCAUCUUCACACCCCAAUGUACAUCUUUCUGGGCAACCUCGCUCUGAUGGAUUCCUGUUGUUCCUGUGCCAUUACCCCAAAGAUGCUACAGAACUUCUUUUCCAAGGACAGAAUCAUUUCCCUCUAUGAAUGCAUGGCACAAUGGUAUUUCCUCUGCCUAGCUGAAACUGCAGACUGCUUCCUCCUGGCAGCCAUGGCCUAUGAUCGCUAUGUGGCCAUCUGCAACCCACUGCAGUACCACACCUUAAUGUCAAAGGAACUCUGCAUUCAGAUGACUAUGGGUGUCUACAUAGCUGGAAACCUGCAUCCUAUAAUUCAUAUAGGUUUUCUGUUUAGGCUAACUUUCUGUAGGUCUCAUCAAAUCAACCACUUCUUUUGUGAUGUUCUUCCAUUAUACAGACUCUCCUGUGUUGACCCUUAUAUCAAUGAGUUGAUGUUAUUUAUCUUUGCAGGGUCAAUGUCAAUCCUCUCUAUUACUAUAGUAAUAAUCUCUUACCUUUCCAUCCUCUUCACCAUUUUCACAAUGAAAUCCAACAAGGGCAGAGGAAAAGCCUUAUCUACUUGUGCAUCCCACUUUCUCUCGGUUUCAAUAGUCUAUAGUUCUCUUCUCUUCACGUAUGUUCGACCAAAUUCAGUUAAGAAAGGAGAUAAAGAUAUACCCCUUGCUAUUUUUUAUACUCUAGUGAUUCCCUUGUUAAAUCCUUUCAUUUACACUCUAAGAAAUAGGGAAGUAAUAAAUGCUAUGAAAAAAAUUGUAAAGAUGAAACAAAUAUCAUCCCCUAUGAAUAAUUGA